AUGGAUAUAGUCUUUGGUGUCGACAGCAUAAAAGAAGUACUAUAUGGCAUAACGAAACACAAUAGGAGCUUUGCGACGGGAUUUAUGUCCGUGGCAAAUUUGGCGGUGAAUCACCUGUCCAAAAAUAUGAACACAAAUCGUCGUGAAGGCAUGUGGGAGCCCGUAGUUUUUAAGCUUCAAUGUGUGAAGCCCUUUUGUGACUUAUAA